UUGGCGCCCGGAUGGAGCGCGAGCAGUUGGUUCGGAAGGUGUCGGCGCUGCAGGCCUGCAUACGCGGCUUCUUGGUCCGACGCCAGUUCCAGAGUCUGCGAGCUGAAUACGAGGCUAUUGUACGAGAGAUCGAGGGUGAUCUGGGCACACUUCAGUGGACUGAGGGUUGGAUUCCCAGACCCCGAUUUCCCUCACAGGUAACAUCCCACUGGACCUGGCAAGCUAGAGAGAAGUUACCAAAUCCAGAGCAGAAACAAUGGAGUCACUUCCUGUGUGAAAAGCCUGAGAAAGAGACUGCCCCAGAGAAGGUGAGGAAGUCAGGAGAGGGUGCAACAAACUCAACAGGUCUUCUCUGCAGAGAUGACAACUCCUGGCUUCAGGAUGAGCAGAGCAGAAAAAUCAGGAUUCCUUCAAGGAUGGAGAACCCAGAAGCUGCAGAUCCAAGACUGCCCCAAAGGCAGACUCAGCUACAGGAGCUCCAGUAUCACUGCAGUCACCUGGCCAUGGAGCUGCUGUGGCUACAACAGGCCAUCAACAGUCGUAAGGAGUACUUACUUCUCAAACAAACACUGAGAUCCCCAGAAGCAGGACAGGCCUCUGAGAAAGCCAGGUCACAACCAAGUCCACCCCUGGAAGACCAGUUCUUCAGAGACAGCACCAUUGGGAAGCCAGACCAUGCCGACAACUCUUGCUGGAGACUCAACUCACAACCCCAUGAGUCCCCAGAAAGACUUGCUACUACAGGCAGGACCACUACUGGGACCAAGCACAGAGACCUGCGCCACAAGAGGUAGCCCAUGCUACCAGAAAACCCGGCCACAGAGAACAAGCUCACAAAAGAGCCAGAGGGUGGGAAACAUCUUGGAGUUGCUUGCAACUGACAGAACAACUGGAGGACCAGAUCUCCAAAGGCUUCUGUCCUGAGAGGUCAGGAAAAAGCCACCUGUACUCCAUGAGGACCCAGAUGUUAAGGAGAAAACUCCCUGGGGGGCCAAGCCACAAAGAGCCCAAUUGCCAAGGGGUGAGGCCAAGGGAAUUAGGCUUCUCAGAGGCCCAUGUCAUCUGGAAUGGGACCUUGGCAGGGCCAGAGCAUGGUCAUCUGGGUUGCUGGAGGACCAAGCCACCCAAGGGCCAGCCCCCUGGCGGUAUAAGUUCCGAAGGUAGAAGCUCCAGUGAGCCUAGCCGUGAGUGUGGGAAAACCAGAGGAUUGUGCCAUGGCCCCCAGAAUCCGUCUUCAACAGGGUCAGACCCCACAGGCGAGGGCCACUGGAGCAGCAGGCUGUGGAAACAGGAGAGCCGGGGAGGUGCUGUGAAAGGGCAGGGAGUGGAGAGCCUGGGGGAGAAUAAAGGUUUGU